AUGUACGACACACCGUCUAACACCAGUCUUACUAUUCUGAACCAGGCGUGCCAUGUAGACCUUCUACUGAAUGGUACCAACACCACUCUGAUAAAGUUGUCACCCUGUCCAGCCGGAUACACGUACGACCUAGAGACAGAUCGAACGUUUGUUACAGAGUGGGAUCUUGUUUGUGAGGGAGCAGAAAGAGCUGAGGUGUCUCAAAUGUUGAUGAUGAUCGGACAGAUGGUCGGAGCCGCCUUCCUUCCUCCGUUAUCAGACAGAUUUGGACGGAAAAUUGUCUUGGUGACUUCACAAAUCGUCCUAUUUGCCUCCGGGAUAGGUGCAUCUCUGCUACCUUCGUUUACAUGCUAUGCCAUUAUGCGGUUUAUAUGUGUGCCCCCAUGGGAUCGAUCGGAGCCAUGCGGAGACAGAUCAGAUGAGUACCUACAAAGGGGAAUGGCGAUGGCAAGGGCUGUGAUGAGUGUUGAGAUACUUCCAGAGGAAAGCCGGUACAUGGCGGAAGUCCUUGGAUGUACAGUAUGGGCGCUUGGACUGUGCCUGAUUGCCCCUGUGGCUUAUGUCAUGCAGGAUAUGUCAUGGCGAUAUCUUUACCUUGCCCUAUCCCUAAUUUCUAUACACAGUCUUCUCGGAUUUUGGCUUGUCGAUAGUCUAACAUACUACGGUUUGGCUCUAUCGUCUGCCUCCUUACCUCUCGAUCGCUUCUUGAGUUUCUUUCUCCUUUCCCUAGCAGAAUUACCUGUUGCGGUGAUUGAAUAUUUCACAUUUAAUAGCCUAGGAAGAAGGAGGCUGUGUACCAUUUUCCAUGCCGUAGCUGCCGUAUCUCUAAUAGCGGGCACAAUCGCUAACUAUCUAUCAGGUAGACCGGGUGCCGAUGUAGCGUUGAUGGUAUUCUAUUUUAUCGGAAAGCUGGCGAUAGCCGGUUCAUAUAGCACGAUAUUCCUCUUUACUCCAGAAUUGUACCCUACCAACCUCAGGUGA